AUGCAGUUACCGGAUGCAGAAUCUACGACGCUUACUCAGAUGCUGUUAGCUGGCGUCCGACUUGACGGCAGAUCUUUGAAGGAGUACCGUGAAAUCAAUUUUCGUUUUCCAGGAGGUCAUCCAUGCGGUGGUUGUUGCAUUGUGAACAUAGGUUCCACUUCGGUCCUUGCCAAAGUCUCUGCGGAGGUGGUUGAACCUAAGCACUACAGACCUGCUCAAGGGGUUGUUUUCGUCAACUUUGAUGCUACUCUACUGUCUCUUCUGGAAGGGAAACGAAAGGUGCGGGGCCGCGAUGACGAGGGUCGACGCCUAUCCUCAGUGCUUCAAAUGUGCCUUCGUGAUUGUAUUGACGUUGACGCUCUUUGCAUUGUCGCCUGGGAACGAGUGUUCGCAAUUCGUGUCGAUCUCAAGGCCCUUUCUUUCGACGGGAAUUUGGGUGACUGUGGUGCACUUGCCGCCGUUGCUGCUCUGGCCUCCUUUCGUCGGCCUGACGUUUUUGUCGAUGACGAUGGAAAGAUUGUUGUUGACACGGAGAUGAAACACCGCCCACCGGUGCGUCUGAACUUGCGUCGCAUUCCUGUGUUGGUGACUCUCGGUCUAGCCUCUGACACCAAGGUCAUUUUACAAGAUCCUACACAGCGAGAGGAGGCCAUCAUGACUGGAGGGCGAGUGAUGGUCGGUCUCACUGCUCAUGAGGAGCUCUGCUGUGUUCAUACCUCUGGACUCACCACCUCAAUUCGACCUGAAAGCCUUUCCAGGUGCAUUCUGUUGGCCAAUGCUCGCGCUAAAUCCCUCGUAGCUCUCGUUCAGCGGGUUCUUGAGGGACUUGAACGCCAACGUGCCGCCUUGGAUGCCGCUGCGGCUGCUCGAACGAGUGAACUCGAUAGGGCCAAUCAGCUUUUAGUGAACGUGCCCCUCGUUCUUAGUUCGACCUCUUUCCUCCCGGGUGGUGCUAACGCACCUGCGGAGCUUAAAAAUGUUGAAGAUGGCGAGUUGCCUGGAGAAGAGGCAGACGAGAGUGAAGGGGACUCGGGUGGUUCCCACGCCAUGGACGUGGACAAUUCCUCAGAGUCGGAAGAGGAGGUGAGACUAGCUGCAAGGGAUCCUUACGGUGUAAUUGAGGUGUCAAGUCUGCUGGCAGAGCGUGAGAGACCGGAGGUAGAAACGGAGGAGGUUAAAAGAGGUCUGAGUUUCCAGUCAAUUGAGUCCGACGCAACAGUUGUCGCGUCGUCAGCAUUGCCACCCAGAAUUGCUAGGGCGACUAAAAAACAUAAAAUGCCUAGUUUUAAUGAGGAUGAGGAGGAAGAGGAGGAAAAGGUAAUUGUACAAUUAUUUUGA